AUGCCGGACACACUCUCGCUUGCAGGAAAGACUGCUUUGGUUACAGGUUCUGGCAGAGAGACUGGCAUUGGUGCCGCUAUUGCCAGAGCUUUGGCCCGGAACGGCGCGUCUGUAGCAAUUCAUUAUGUGUCGGAAGGCUCCAAGGCGCGGGCUGAGAAGGUAGCGCUGGACAUCAAUAAAGAGUUUGGCACCAAAACCACCGUCGUACAAGGAGGAGUGGAAAAUUACGAUACUGCGAAGAACAUGGUUGAGCAAAUUCUGAAAGCAUUUAUCAACAACGCAGCGGCUGCACGCAACACACCGCUCUUGGAGGUUAAAGCAGAGCAGCUCGAAUACGAAUUCGCCGUCAACGUCUUCGGCGUGAUUUAUAUGACACAAGCUGUUGUUGGCGUAGGUCGAAUGCCGCAAGGCGGCCGCAUCGUCAACAUCGGCUCCAUCGCCUCCAAAAUUUUGGUCCCACCCCCUCUUGACAAGAGUCGUGGGAUUACCGUCAAUACACUCGCACCCGGUCCAGUUCCAACAGAUAUGUCGAAAGCAUAUCUGGUGGCCGCUGACGGGUCUCCAACUGCGCUUCAAAUUUCUAUGUAUGAACAGACGCGAGCUGCGAAUCGCCUCGGGUCAGUGGAGGAUCUGGCUGAUGCUACACUUCUGCUAGUAUCAGAAAAGAGCCGGUGGAUCACUGCACAGUUUAUCUCAGUUGACGGCGGAGUUACCGGGACUAUGUAA